AUGUCAAAGGUCAAUUGUUCUAAUGUGGCUUCGUUUUAUUCUGGAAAAUCUGUGUUUAUAACUGGUGGUACUGGAUUUGUUGGUAAGACUUUAAUAGAAAAGUUGCUGUACAGCUGCAGCGGGAUUGACAAAAUUUAUGUCCUAGUACGUGAUAAGUAUGGGAAACAAGCCAGUGAACGACUCGCUCGUAUUACCAGCACGCCAGCUUUUGAUAGAAUAAAAACAAGUCGAAAUGAGGACUUAAAAAAGAUCGUAGUCAUCAGCGGCGACAUUACGCGUGAAAAUCUUGGAUUACACGAAAAUGUUUUAAAGACAUUGGAGAAUGAGGUGUCAAUUGUAUUCCAUUUGGCAGCAACAGUUGCUUUCAGAUUACCACUAAAAGAUGCAAUGAGAAUCAAUGUAAAUGGAACGGAAAACGUCAUUGAAUUGUGUCGUCGCAUGAAAAAGUUACAGGCCUUUGUUCACGUUUCGACAGCAUUCACGAACUCAGAUCGAAAGGAAAUAAACGAAGUGGUGUAUCCAAUGCCAAUUAAUUUGGAAGAAGCGAGACAUGUUGCCGAUAGGUACUCACAUGACGACGUGAUCGUUUGUGCGUUUAUGGGUAAGUUACUAUUGGAAUUUCUAAUUGGAAUUUCAACUGAAUUUCUGAUUCGUAUUCUAACGGUAUUCCAUUCUUUAAAAUUAAUUCCAGGAAGGAAGCCCAAUACGUACACUUUCUCAAAAGCUUUUGCCGAACAACAAGUUCUGAAGCAGUGUGAAGACCUACCGGCUGCCAUCGUCAGACCGUCUAUAGUAAUGUCUUCCAUCAAGGAACCUUGCCCUGGUUGGAUAGACACGUGGAACGGCGCCACAGGGUUAUUCGUCGGUAUGCCAGCUGGUGUGUUACGAGUUGUACUGGGUAGAGGGAGCAAUGUCACAGAUUUAGUACCUGUUGAUAUUGUCACAAACCUCAUUGUCGUAGCCGCUACAGAGUGUCAGAAGUCAAAAGAAAUUAAAGUAUACAACUGCUGUACUGGACCAUCGAACCCUAUCACUUGUGGUGAAGCGAGCACCAUUAGCAGAAAAGUGGCUCUUAAAUACUCUUUAAACGAGCUGCCUUGGCCCUUUCUCAAGUUCACACCAAGCGUGUUUCUAUACACUUUAAUAACGUUCCUUCUACAAAUUGUACCGGCAUACCUGAUUGAUUUAUGGUGUAUAUUAACUGGAAAGAAAGCUACACAAAUAAAACUACAAAGGAGGUUAAAGAAAGUGGUUGAUGCUGUUAAAUUCUUCCUGCUAAAUGAAUGGAAGUUUUCUGACGACAAUAUUAGAAACCUCUUAAAUACAAUGUCGCCUGUGGACAAAGAAAUAUUUAAUUUCGACGUGAAAACUAUUAAUUGGGAGUCGUGCAUCGAAGAUUAUAUUUUAGGAGCGCGAAAAUAUUUAUUGAAAUCUGAAAAGUAA